AUGGCUGACGAAGGCGAGAACGAAACUUGCGAUCAAACCAGGCAAAAUCCCCGGCAAGUAAGUUUAUAUUACGUUGCUUUAUUUUGUCCAAGAAGAAUAUUUUCUCCAGGAAGACACUGCUACAGUUUAAAGGAAACGAAUACUAUCUAUAGUAGGGAGCUUCUUUCAUAUUUAUAUGUAAAGGAAAUGCAAAGAAAACGGCAAACGAAGUUCAUGCGCUACCCAACCAAAUGAAACUGGUCUAAAAGAAAACAAAUGUAUUAUCAAGCUUCACCGUCCGGUUUUAGUGGCACGAAAAUAACUCGACAUUUUCAAGGUCUUCAAAACAGUUUUCAAAGAAUAUAAGAACUGAUACAAGUUUUAUCAAAUCAGGGUUUUCAUUUGGCAUCAUCGGAGAAUUCUCUGCUUAGUACACAGCAUUCUCCUGUUAACGUUCGGUGCCUGACUAUUUUUAUUGAAACUUAACGUUACGUUAAUCCGGUUUAUAACACCUUCGUAAGGCUUCAGUGUCUUCUUUUUAGUGUGGUUCCUCUUUCAGCUCCAACUGUGAUUUAGGUAAAACAUUUUUACCUAAGCAGCAGGGACCCAGCAAAUUCCUGAACCGGCCUAAGCCUGUGAUGGUUUUCUCAACUCACGCUACUAAAAUUCUUAAUGAAAACCUUGUGAAUCAAUUCAUAAUUUCUGUCCCAAUUUCCUUUAUGAGAUCUUAACAGUUUUUUUUGUUUCAAUAUCCACUCUUGCUCUAUUUUUCAACGGCAGUUCGGGUCGAUGUGUGAGAUAAAUGACCUAAAGUCCGUUUACUAGUGAAAACGUCGAAAUUAACAUGUGCCGAACUUUGGUCGAUUCUAAUGCAAAUAAGCGGCAACGAUAGAUUCAAAACAGUGAAUCUUGAAUUAAUUAUGUAAAAUUAUAUUUGUUGACUCAGUCCCGUCAACAGGUUCGCAGCAAGUUUGCCGGUUCAGUCCAACAGUCUCAUCGCUGAAAAUAAAACACGCAUUGUAACAACCUCUAUAAUGCAUGGUGACCAGAUGAAUUUCCAUUGACGAUCGCGUUACAAGUGAUCAUAGACUUUAAGAGGCGUUUUGCACAAAAGUCAGACAGCACUGUCCGAGUGGUCUUUGAGAGUCGUCGUUAUCUGAUGUUGUAUGAGAAAUAAAAUGCUGAUGCCUGCGAACGAUAAAUAUCGUUAUAUUUUAACUUUUCAUCAAUAAACUUGAUAAAGCAGAUUUAUCUUAAUUUUUUGUUCUACAUGUAUUUCGGUGUAUUUCGGUGUGAAUUCAUCGAUUUUAUCCACUUCAUUUGGCUCUAUUGCGUUACCCCUGUGAAGUCUUAUGUUUUUCUCAUACUUCUUAACUAGUAGGUUGUAACGCAUGAUUCGCGCGCGCGUGGGCGGAGCCCCAUAGCUUAGUAAAUCUACCCAUCCCAGAAAAUUUGGUAAUCACGUGACCGUACACCGAGCGCCGAGCGCCGAGCGCCGACCGUCCGUCCGCACCACAGGACAACCAAUGUUUACUCUCACACUUUUAGCUAGUUUGGGAGCCCAAGAGAAAACUAAUUGCACAUCAAUGUUGUGAUCAAUUGACAGCUGUCAAAACAGAGCAUCCGCUGACCAGUAUCACCUGACGGUACCGCGGGCUCGAGUGUCGACCCAUCGAGGUCGAGUAUUUUUUGAAGUUAUCCGCUGACAAAUUACCAGUUUCAAAUGAUCGCAGGCUCAAAUUUAUUUUUUUCCAAGGAUUCAUAUCAAAUAUGUUGUGUUUAUGUCACUAUGGCCCCGCCCUAUUAGGAUUAUGAUUUCAAACUGACUUUGGAAGCGAAAAUUCAGCCAGUUUUUUUAAAAGUACAGGCGGGAAAGACCUUAUCUUACCAUGGUCACGCGUUAGUCACGCUCUACGUCCAAUUUUUAUACUCUGAUUAGUCAAAAUUUGACAGGUGAGUUCGUGCCGAAAAAUUAUGCAGCAUCUUGAAAGUUGUUUACUUUGACAGCUGAAGCUGAAGAGUUUUGCGUCAAUAGAACUUUUGAUGUUUUUAACUGUCUUUUUCUUCUGGAUGUACAAAAUGAAAUACAGCUGCUAUCAAGAGUCUUCUGUUAUUCAUGGCUAGUAUGUUUACUGGGUUUUUGGUUGAGAAACGCGUCGCUCGUCAAAAUUUGGUAAUUCGAUUUCGGAUGGCAUCGUUUUUGUUUUUCACCUUGCUUAAGAGGGUUUAAAAGUCUCAAGCAACUGUGGCCUUCCUUGAUAGCUUUCAGGAACUGAAUCUCGAAUGGUAAGCCUGAGUAACUAUUGUAUUUGAUGUUUGUCUUCGUUAUAUCUAAUUUCAUGAAGUCUUACACAUUCACGCUGACAGCUUAUGCGGCAAGUUUAUGCACGUUUGUAGCCGUAGUUUGAGUCAACGAUCUGACAUCGUAUCAGGUAUGAACGGUUUGCUAUAAGCUUACAGAACUAUAAACAGCNCGUAGUUUGAGUCAAUGAUCUGACCUAGUAUCAGGUUUGAUAUAAGCUUACAGAACUUUAAAAAGCCUUCAGAUAUAUUUGCUCACCACAAAUAGAAAGAAAACGUUCCGAAGAAUAUUUAGUUAUAAAUUUGGCUGUAGAAAGAAAACUUUGAGCGAUUUUCUUGCUUCGAGGAGUUUAUUUUGGAAAAUAGUAAACGGGUAAUGACAAUCUGCGAGCCAGCGAGCCAUGCGAGUCAUGCGAGUCAUGCGAGCCAUAUGUGCGAGCCAUCAAAAAUUUUGAAAAUUGGAAAAAAAAAUGUAAUUCAUACUAGGGAGUACAAUUAAAAUCGGUUUUUACUCACUGUUUAUCUCUGUUUUCCCUCGCUCGAUCGAUCGAUCGUAGGCGCCAUCUUGUUUCUGAAAUCAUCUAACACGCGCCAGUCUCUGCUCUUUGAAUGCUUCUCUCUUGAGUCUGGGUCGAGGUUGAAUGACUCUGUGUCGCUCUUCUGAAUCUCCCUACGGACAUCACGCUGUUGACUUGCUAAAUCUUUUUCUAAUCGUCUUCAAUCCUUGGAUAAUUCGGACAAUUUUUCAAGUACCAUUAUUUUUACGCAAAAUAGUGAAAGCAAAAAUAAACAGAGAGAAAGCCAUGUAAAAAUUUAACAAUGAAUGUAAAGCAUGGAUGCCAAGGAGCAAUUUUAUGUAUGUUUCAUGAUAAAAGCAUGCAUAGGAAUCCUAUAUUUUUUACAUAGAAAGAAUUUUAUCGCUACUUUCAAACAAACAGACUAGUCCCGGGACUAGCUUCUGCCAAAGAGACGAUUUAUGGAAAAAGUGGCCAUUUUGUUUAUGUGCGCGCGCUAAUCAUGUGUAAAAGUAAGGAUGCAGUAAUAGCGUCGUACCACUGGGCUGUACUGCACACACCUGUCGAUACACGUGCGAUGUAUAAUAUGUUAGCUCAUUACUGCCAUUGUUUGUAUCUCGUACUUUUCGUUACGGGAGAGGGGAGAGGCAAGACUGCGAAAAGAAAGACUGCAAAGGCGAUCGUGUCGGUGUUUUCCAGUGGCUCGCAAGGCUCGCACGUUUGGCUCGCAUGGCUCGCAUGGCUCGCACGUUUGGCUCGCAUGGCUCGCAUGGCUCGCUGGCUCGCACAUUGGCCACACUCACAGUAAACACCCGCGCCGGGAAGCCGGCUUAAGCUUCACGCCGAGACUCAGGAUUUUUAGAGACACUUUAAUACUUGUCUUCAUGAAUGAAAAUUGUUGUCUCUGUAAAUGUUUCACCGAAUUAUAUUUCUUUUUUUGAUUGUUAGUAGUCUCUCUUGCAAUUUUAAUCGCUUGCCUGUGCCGUUUGUUUUCAUCGUUCAUGAACAUCGCUUGCAGGAGUACUCAAAAAUGUCUCGCGUAUCAAACGCUUUAUAAGAUUACACAUCGUUAUAACUGAAACCAUUAAAUAACCAAAAAAAUUAAUGAUAAAUUCGCUAUUAUGUUGAAGUGUAACUCUAUUAAAGUUCAUUCAAACACUCGACUACACUGACAGCUCACACUAUAGAAACGAGAACCGGCUGGCCAUAUGGGUGAUUUUGGAAAUUUUUGAACGGUUUCGCUUUACGAUUGAUCGUCCUGAAUAUUGACUGAGUGCAAUCACCGAAUUAUAUUUCUUUUUUUGAUUGUUAGUAGUCUCUCUUGCAAUUUUAAUCGCUUGUCUGUGCCGUUUGUUUUCAUCGUUCAUGAACAUCGCUUGCUGGAGUACUCAAAAAUGUCGCGCGUAUCAAACGCUUUAUAAGAUUACACAUCGUUAUAACUGAAACCAUUAAAUAACCAAAAAAAUAAUAAUAAAUUCGCUACUAUGUUGAAGCGUAACUCUAUUAAAGUUCAUUCAAACACUCGACCACACUGACAGCUCGCACUAUAGAAACGAGAACCGGCUGGCCAUAUGGGUGAUUUUGGAAAGUUUUGAACGGUUUCGCUUUACGAUUGAUCGUCCUGAGUAUUGACUGAGUGUAAUUUGUCUUGAAAAAUUGUGAAAUACUGCAUUCUGUCCGAGGUCUGUAUGAUAAAUAGUACUGUUUCACCUCAAAUGUGAUGUAUAAAAGUUACAAAAGGUUGGUUUAAACACCCCCAGAUUUGUUGGCAAGAAUUUGUAAAGUAAACCUGUCGAACGCAAAAAAAUUCGGCGUGAUUGUUUUCCAAGAAUUUGUUUUGGUGGCCUAAUCUACUGUGAUCUUGAAUGUGAUCGAAGAUGUUUUCUACUUUUUGGGUGUACAUAUAAGGUUAUCAAUUCGAUGUAAGAUGUUUCAUUCUAAAAUAACUUAGCCUUUCCCUCGAAAGAAUGAAUGUGCCCUUAAGUUAAAUGAUUUGUGGAUUAAAAAUGUAUUGUCUGAUUUAAAUUAUAAAUUUAUUAAUUGGAGCUUCGCUUUUAGCCCUGGCUAAAUCUAUAUAUUAAUCUUCCUAGCUCUGGUCUUUGGUAUGAAAAUAAAAUUGCCCAUCCAUGCAAGUAUAAGUUUGUCAGAAUAGCUUCUCACUGGAUUUGAACUUCUUAAACAGGUAAGCCAAUAAAGGGCUGUCUUUUUUUUUUAGGGCGUUAGGUUAUACUGAAUAUAUCUCUUUUGAGUAGGAAAAGAAGAACGAGCAAUCAAGUGAUCCAAAGGAGCCGAAGCAACCGGUGCAAUCGGAAUCACCACCACAUCAGGAUGUUGAGAAUGCAGAAAAGUGCACUCCAUCGAACAAUGGUAAAAGCUAAGCUUAAUUUCGCCCCAUGUGAGGGAAUCCAGAAUCCGGAAAAAUUUGGCUUAUGGGAUCGGGAAUCCCGGGUUUUGAAAUUCGGAAUACAGUCCAAGAAAUCCGGAAUUAAACUAACGAUUGCAAUCCAGAAUCCAAGUUCCACUUACAAGGACUGGAAUCAAGUACCUGGAAUCCGGAAUCCACGGCGUGAAAUCUAGAAUCCAAGACUGUCUUGGAUUCCCCUGCAUGGGGAGAUUAAUUCGUCUUUAAAUAGGGACGUUCACUUGUCCUGAAUGCUUUGUAGUCCCCAAAUAUACAUAUGCUUUUUGUAAAUUGCUUUUAUUUAUUCCUCUGACAGGUUUUGGAGAAUUAGAGUCCUUACUUUCUGAAUCGAUGUCACUGCCAGCAGAAGUUGUCGAGUCGUUGGCGGAGUCCCGUAGUGAUAUCGUCCAAAAUACAACACAUUUUCAUGCAGUAGUCUCCAUCCUUAGUGGUGCUCAGCCUUGAUCGCUGGCUGAGUAAAACAAGCUUUUUCGCUCUUGCGUACACAAAAGUGUACUUUUAGCAGAAUGUGAUUGCCCCUGAAAGGAUUUCUUGAAUAUUUGAUUUCUUGUCCGUUUUUUUAUGCGCAAAAUCGAAUCAUUGUUUUCGUCUAGACCACCGGAAUGGAUUUCAAACGCGUAAUCUUUUCCGAUAUGGACUUUCAGGGCUCUCUGACCCUACCUCGAGCAAGUGAAAGAGCGGCACAUUUUCUUCCAUCACUAGCUAGUCCAUCACACACUCUUCAGUGAUCAGAAAUAUAUCAGAGGUACAUAAUAAGUAUGUCUCUUAUACUCAUCAAGUCUCGGUGAUCACCACCGAAAGCGGUACUGAGCAUGAUCAUUUUACCACAGACGAUUACUUCUCAAGCUUUCACAAAAGAAGGGCGCCCCAUUUCCACUUCGCACGAAACAGCCACUAGAAUAUCUCUAAAAAGUCCAAGCACUUUUUUCAAGACCCGUAGAAAGUUUGAAAAAGAGAUAUUCCAAGAUCAACAAAGUUCAUCGAUCGAAAUAACGAAUCUCAAUUUCUCCAAGGUUUUACCAUUUUUACCAUUCUCCAUCUUGCGCACAAGUCUUUUACCACUUCUUCUUCGUUGGUUUGUUACCAAAUGGCGGGCAAAUACUGCCGGGAAAACGUGCAACAUGUCAAAUCAAAGGCAGAGCUACAGUUUAUUUUAUAAAUAUUUUAGGUAAUUGUAUUACCACCUUAUAAAAAGCAAGAACUGCAACUUCAAAGUUUUAUCAACGUUAUAUUUAACAAGAACUAAUUAUUGUUUAGGGGCCAUUGAUCAUUCGAUAUUAAAAAAGGUUUGUGUGAAUGUUUGUUUAACAGGAAAAAAGCCUUCAUCUAACACAGCCAAGAAGAUUGCAGCUGUUGCAGCUGUAGGCGUGGCUGCUACUGCUGUGGGGGCACUAGCUGCUCCAGUGAUUGCUGGUGCUGCUUUGGGUGCGGCUGGAUUCACUUCCGCUGGAGUGGCUGCUGGUUCUGUCGCAGCAGGAGUGCAGUCAGCUGUUUAUGGUGGAUCUGUGGCUGCCGGAAGUCUGUUUGCUCUUUGUCAAAGUGCAGGUGCCACCGGAGUUAUUGGCUCCGCGGCGACUGCUUUCAUUGGUGGAGGUACUGGAUUGGCUGGCAUUGCUGGAACACUGGGGAGCUUCAAACUAUUUGUAAGGCUCGACUGUUUGCGUAAUUUGUAUUCUAACAUUAGUAGACAACAGCAGAACUCAACUACAACAAAACUUAAAUGAUGGGUCUGGGUACAUGGGGCUGCUUCCCCGUCGAACAUAUUUACCUUGGUAGAAGAGCUUUAAAUGCAAUAUUAAAACGAAACUAAAACUUACUUUACUUUACCAGUCUCACUUUAAGAAACAGAAAAUUAUCGCUAUAAAACUGUUUACACCAGAAGUUGACCCUGUCAAUUAUAGACGACUAAGCUACCGAAAAACCUGAUUGGCUCUUUUACGGUCAGCCCAGCAACAAGUAUAGUUGACAAAAGACGACGCAUUCGAUUCCACAUUAGACAGCACCAAUAGUGAUAACAAUUGAAACUAAUCGAUUUCCAAAACAGCAACUAAGGAAAUACAGUACUUCAUAAGGAACUUUCAAUGAAUUUUUCUUAAAAACAAAAGGAGAACGUGAAUACCAAGAAAAAAGGUUGUGAAAUUUUUAUUGUCUCGUGUCCAAUCAUAACAAAAACAGGAUACGAGAGCAAGCCACAAACCCACUUACUGUCAUUCUUACUUGUGGUUUAAUUUACUCACUUUUUGCAUAUUAUAACGUGUUUGUUUUGGCUAUUUUCCUUUAUUUUGUUCAGUUUCCUCAUGCCUGUUUGGCUUUUUCCUUGCAACGCAGUAACUUUCUAGAAAUAUUUCUGGUGUCCACGGUUCUGAUCGUGAGUUUCACAGUAAAAGCUUCAUAAACUCUGAAAAAUUAGUGAAAUAAAGGAAAUGAAUAUUUAAUCUCUUAUUUACAAGCCGUUUGUCUCUUUUCAAAAAACUUCAGCUAAACUAGCUUAUCCUAUUGUAUUCAAACGAUAUCAUGUAACUCAAAUCGAAAUUUAAGGGCAUUAAAUCAAAUAAUUUAAACCAACAAGCUUGUCAACAGAUAUUUAGUCAAUUUCAAAGCUUCCACUUCUUUUAAUAAAUAAUAAUAAUAAAUAUAAAACUUAUAUUGCGCAUAAACAAUAGAAAUAUUUUCAUAUGCGCAUAACAGACGAUAAGAUAUAAAUAAGCCGAAUUAAAAGCUAUCAUAAAAAUGUAAGUCCAUUAAAUUCUAUGUUAAAAAAUAAUAAUAAAAUAAUAAAAUUAAAAAAACAGGUAAAAACUAAAAACUUAAAAAUAAAUGAAUAAAUCAAUUAAAAAGGUAUCUUAAAAAAGUACGUUUUGAGGGCUCGCUUAAAAGAUGUGAGGCUCUGAAUGUUUCUUAUCUCCGCCGGAAGACUGUUCCACAGUUUGGGCUGAAAAGCUCGGUCACCAAGUGUAGGUAGGCACCGGGCGUUGGCUGAUACCAACAAAGUUGCAUUCCUUGAUCUAAGAGUAUAUAUUGACUGGGCAGCGACAGCAAUAAGAUCAACCAGAUAUUGUGGUGCAAGUCCGUAGAGGCACUUGAAUAUUAAUAACACAAUUUUAAAUUCAAUUCUGUAUUUGAUGGGCAACCAGUGAAGAUCUUUUAAAAUGGGAGUGAUAUGACAGGUACGAGGAGUGUUAGUUACAAGUCUGGCAGCAGCAUUUUGAACUCUUCGAAGUUUAUUAAUGUGAAUAGUAGGAAGGCCAUAUAAUAGGCUGUUGCAGUUGUCCAAUUUAGUGGUAAUAAACUCAUGGCGGUUUGAUGAGACCCACAAAUACUUUCUGAUCCUACGUAUAUUGUAGAUAUAAUAAAAAGACAAACUGCAGAUAUUAUUGACAUGGCUAAGCAUGUCAAGAUUAGAGUCAAACCGUGAUCCCAAGUUUUUUUACGCUAGGAUCAUAUUGAUGAUGAUGAUAAUGAUGAUGACGACGAAUAAUUAUAAUGACAAAAACAAAUUUGUUGAAGAGCAUUUAACUUGGCAAAUAGCAAAGUAAGGGAUUUGUUUUCUUACAGGAAAAUACUAUUCGAAAUUGCUCUGCAAAUACUUUCAAAGGUUUGAACCCUUGUGAUCACUGAUAGAAUAAUAAAAGAACGUUUUUUCAUGGCGACCAAUAUUAUAAAUAUGCACAGCAGAUACUUGUAUCGUAAAUCAAAUGUGCUAAAAGCAAAAAUUGAACGUAUAAACUCAUUUAAUUCAUAGGGAAGGAAAUCAGACACCAUAAAAUUGGUGAUUUGUGGAAGCGGAGAUGGAGCACACGUGUUUGCUGGUAUUGCAUCUUCUCGAAAAGACACUGACGUUCGAAUUCUUGCUUUGCAUGAAAAUGAAGCAAAGCGCUGGAAUACUGCACUGCAGCAAAAGAAACUUGAGGUUACAUUUCGUUGUGAAGGUGAAAAAACCUCCAGUAUUGUAUCCAAACCAGCUCUGGUGACAAACAACCCAGAAGAUGCUAUGCGAGAUGCUCAGAUGGUAAUAUUUAUGAUGUAUGCGUCAGGCUGUCAUCAAGUUUAUUUAGAGGUUUUAGCACCCCACGUUAAACCUGGCACCAUUAUAGUUAGUUUAUCAGGGUACCCAGAGUUUGAGUUCCAAGUUCAUCGCGUGCUGGUGGAGGUAGCGCGGCAAUGCACCAUCAUGAAAUUUAAGUCACUUCCUUGGACGUGUCAUAUCACUGAAUUUGGAGUUAAAUGUGAGGUAACUCGUACCAUGAAGACACUGCACGGGAUCGUCAAGGUAAGCUUAGCGAGUGUCGCUCAACGAGAAAUAAACGCUGCAUUACUUAACCCUAGGCCUAUUCUGACCGGGGCGUUGCCUUUAAAGUUGAAUACCCUUUAA